UUCAUACUUAUUUUCAUUUAUUACUAUUUAUUUAUUUAUAUAUUUUCUUUCUCUCCCUCUCCCUCCUCUUGUCCCACUGCAACAGUGUUACUCUCCGACGAAGGCUUCCUUCCGCCAUGGCGAAUCUCGCUUUUUGAGCUUCCGAGUCGAGUAGCUCACUGAGUCCAACCAUCGAGUCGAGAUCUUCCAACAUGUUGGACGGGAUACUUGGCAAAGGCUUCACCGCGAAAUGCAAAUCGUUGAUCAAGCUGACUAAGAGUCGGAUCGAUGUGAUACGGAGGAAGAGAAGAGCGACAGAGAAGUUUCUGAAGAAAGAUAUUGCUGAUCUAUUGCUCAACGGUCUCGAUAUUAAUGCCUAUGGAAGGGCUGAAGGACUCGUGGUUGAGUUAACAUUGUCCUCUUGUUAUGGUUUCGUCGAGCAAUGCUGUGAGUUUGUGUUGAAGCAUCUCCCAGCGAUGCAGAAACUGAGUGCUUGCCCUGAGGAUUGUAGGAUGGCUGUAUCGUCUCUGAUGUUUGCUGCUGCACGAUUUUCUGAUUUACCAGAGUUACGUGACCUUAGACAAAUAUUUCAGGAAAGAUAUGGGAAUUCCAUGGAAUGUUAUGUCAAUCAAGAGUUUGCUGCAAAUUUGAAUUUCAAGUUUACUACGUUGGAGAAUAAGGUCUGCUUGAUGCAGGAGAUUGCAUCAGAGUUUUCAAUAAACUGGGACUCCAAGGCUUUCAAACUGAGGAUGUCGAGAUCCUCUGCAUUUGCACAGGACCACAAUGCUUGUAUGUCUAACCCUGAUAAACCAUCACAUGGCAAGGAUUUUACCCAAAAAGAAGUAAGGACUGAUGUUUUGUCAGAGAAAAAUCAUGAUCCUGCCAUUGAUAGAGGCAGAUUUCAGAAUGGCAAGGAAGCUGUUGUCCCAAACAAACUUAAUCAUAAUCUUCAGUCUAAUUCCACACUCCCUAAUGGAUUCAAGCCACUAAAUAGUCGGGAAAUUCCUCGGAAAAGGGAUGGUAAUGAUAAUCCUGGAAGGCGAGAGGUUACUGUUGAGAAGAGUGAUAGAGGUUAUUGGAAAGAGGUUAGUAUGCCAAAACCAAUUGGGCAUCCUUCUCAGAAAACAGUGGAACAAUUUGAAGGUGGUUCCAAACUGUUUAAUAGUAGGGGGAAUGCCUCCCCUCCGAGAGAAAACCAGGGUACUAUGCGAAAACCAAUUGAACAUCCAUCUCAGCAGAAAACAGUGGAACAAUUUGAAGGUGGUUCCAAACUGUUUAGUGGCAGGGGGAAUGCCACCCCUCCGAGAGAAAACCAGGGUAGUAUGCCAAAACCGAUUGGACAUCCAUCUCAGCAGAAAACGGUGGAGCAAUUUGAAGGUAGUUCCAAGCUGCAUAAUGGUUGGGGGAAUACCACGCUUCUAAGAGAAAACCAGGGUAGUAUGCUAAAACAAAUUGGACGUUCAUCUCAGAAGAAAACAGUGGAACAAUUUGAAGGCGGUUCCAAGCCACAAGAUAGUUGGGGGAAUACUACGCCUCUAAGAGAAAACCAGGACACUGCAACUUCUAGGAAGUCUCCUAUUCAUGCCGGUUCGCAUUUCAAGAGUAAUAAUGAGCCAUUUACUGUCAAUCAUGUUGGCCUACCUGGUACUGAUAAACCCGAGAGAAAUUUUCAAAGGGGUGAUGAAACACCUACACUGAAGCCCUGCUACAGUAGUGCCGUUCCGCCUCCAUAUGUUAAACAACCUAAUUCUAAGCAGCAGAACAGCGCACGUGGAGCCAAUAAUAUAUCUUCACUUACUGACAGUGGUGGUGUCUCUACAUAUUAUUCAGCAUAUGACAAGUCUGAUGCUGCUUCUGUGCCAGAGAGGAUUCAAAUAGGUUUGGAUAAUUCUGACCAGGAUUGGCAGGGCAAUAGGCAUGAUAGACUGAGCAAACAGAGUCGUGAAAAAGAAAUCUCUAUUCAAGAAGAUGCUGAAGAAGUCCCUUCGGGGAAACCAAGAUCUAUGAGGCGAAGGCACUCAAGAUCACGACCACCUGGUUACUAUGAUGCCUCUAACGAAGAAUAUCAACUUGAAAGAAAAUCAAGGAGCAGAAGCAGGAGACGAGAUGAAUCAAGACGUGGUCUGCAAGCUAAGUUUGAUGAUGAGCGGUAUCAAAAUGCUGAAGAGGAAAGGAUAAUGGAUAAAUUACUGAUCCAUUAUAGCAAAAAGCCAUCCAUCCUUGUGCCUGAAAAAUUAAAAAGGAACUCUAGAAUUCACCAUGAGCAUCUAACUGUUAACUCAACCAGAGAAUUGCUGCAGAAUGGAAGCGGAGAUAGAUCUGAUGGGACUACUCAUGCACCACGAUCAGUUUCGGUUCCUCGUGUACAUCACAGAGAAGCAGAAGUUAAGAAAGUGUUUAACCGUGCUGCUACAUUUGUUACAGUUAGAUCACACGAAGCUCGGCAUGUGCAUCCCAAGUUACCUGACUAUGAUGAUCUAGCAGAUAGGAUUGCAGCCUUAAGAGCAAGAUAAAGGAUAUAAGUAUUAUUAAUAAUUGCUCCUCUUUUAUCAGCAUGAUUGCAUUCGUUAUGGUCAUCACGCUUUUAUCUCGUACAAUGUUCGUGUCUUUUGUUACGGUGGUGCUAUUAUUGCAAAAUGUUGACUACUUCGGAGCUGUACUGAAUCAUCAUAGAUGGUCCCGUCCGUGCUUGUAGACUAUAGUAAUUCUGUCAUCAUCCUAUCGAUGCAACUAUAGGUCAUACGCAACAUUAAUUCAAGUUUUGUCUUUUAUGAUUGUAGAAAUGUUUGUAGCAAAAAAUCAUGGUGUUCCUACUUUCUUCGGGUCGAGUAAUGGGAAGAAAAGAAGCUGAGGCAGACGGUAUUGGUCCAGAGCCUCUUACUCACCCCUUAUUUUUUCAGAUAAUGUUGUUUACACAUUUAUACAUACAUUAUUUUAUAUUCCAAUAAUUUUAUUAUUUAA